AUGGCAAGGAAAAAGAAACAAGAAAAAUUAAGUGAAGACGAGGUAUAUGCUGCUGUGACAAUUUUAGAAGAAAAAUAUGAUGAACGUAAUUCUGUAAUGUAUUUAGUAAAGUGGGCGGGAAAAGAUCAGAAUGGAAAUGAAUGGGAACCAACUUGGGAACCCUAUGAAAAUUGUGGAACUCCACUCAUACGUGAAUGGGAAGAAAAUAAAGCGCGUAGAAAUAAUGGUGAAUUUGGGAAUCAAGUGCAAAACAAUAUUAAUACUAUGAUAGUUAAUGAUGGAAAAAAGGAUUAUAAAGACGGAAUGUUUGGCAAUUAUGAAAGAAUUGACAACAUUUAUCAAUUACGACAAAUAAACGGAAAAAAGAAAAAACCACAUCAGCUUAAUGGUACUCCUACUGCUACAGAAGACGGAAAUAUAGUCGUUGGAAGAAGCUUAUCUUGUGAUAAUGGUGAUCGAAAUAAAGAUAUUAUUGUUUCUGAGAGUUCUCGGAUUCCAAUAUCUAAAAGAGUCAUACUCCGAAAAAAUUCUACGAAAAAUCUUGAGUUAGAUGUUAAUCGUAAACAUAACGUUUCUUUCAAAUCAAGACAAGUAAACCUUUACAGAAGUCUUUCAAGUAAAGGCAAAAUAUUCGCUCAUUCUUCUAGUCUCAUGUCGGAUAGUUCUUGUGAUUCAAGUGAUUCCGAACAGGAAAGUCUCUAUAUGAAUGGAAAUAGCACUAUUCAAUUUUAUAAAUAUCCGCUUCGAUCUCGAUCUGGCAGACUGUCGAUUACUAGGCGAUUGGAUUGUUCAUCCAUAAGCAAGCGAAAGGUGUCUCUACGUUCGUCAGAUGCUCAUAUCUCCGAAGAUCUAGAUUCUCGAAAAAAAUUACGGUAUGAUGAGGAUUCUUACAGUAGCGAAGAAGAAAUUUUAUGUUCAGGCCAAGUUUUUACUUGCAGUCCAGUUACAUCAAUUGUUACUCAUACUAAAAAAAGUGAUGCCAAUAUCGACAAUUUACAAGUAUCACCAAUACCAAAAUCGAUAAAUGCCAAAGUUGUUGAUAAGCCGGUUUCAAAUUCUACUCCUCAAGACAUUAUCAGCUCUCCUACUAACGUUAAUAUAAAUGGUUCUCAGGAACUUGUGCAAAAACCUUCAAAUGAUUCAAAUUUGGGAUCUACUGCUGCUAAUGAUGCUAGUUCAUCUUCAAGAAAGCAAACCGAUAAUCAUAAUUCUAUUCAGAAUAGUAAAACAGGUCCUGCAACAUCAACUAAUCAGUGUGUAAAUAUAAAUGUAAAUACGCAAUCUACUGAAUCAUUACUCUCAAUUGCUCCUAAACCAGUUCAAACUGCACGAUCUGAUGCUAAUCUGAGAACUACUCAAAAGCGUACACAGCCUAAGACACGUAAACUGCCCUUGAAAACGGAUGCUGUAAAGAGCGUAUCUCCAUUAACUGUUAAUUCAUCAAAUCCCCCAAUUUUGCCAAAGCCACCAACUUCCACAAAUCUUAUUCCAAUUAUAAGAUCAACCUCACUAAUGAAUAAUAAUGCAAAUGUACGUUCUGUUCAAAACAGAACAAUUAGACCAAAUAGUGAUUUAUAUUCAAAUCCAAAUUUACCAGAUGAUAAUUAUAAGGUAAAAGAUGGUCAAAAUUCGGUCAUAUUAGCUGAUCAUGGUCAACAAUCAAGAAAUACCCUGCAUUCAACAUCGACAGCUCAUAAGUCGUUAGGUGUAUCACAGGCAAAUCCAUUAGGUGUAGGCGUAAGUAAUUUACAGUUAGAAAACCCUGUAGUUACAACGACUACUACAAAUUGUAAUACUACGUCAAACCUUCGAAAUAAAACUAAUAUUCCAUCUUAUCAGGAAAGCAAUAGUGCUUCAGAACAGCGGAAUAUGAAUUUGCAAUUAGAUGAACAAAGAAAAACUAUUGAAAAACAAAUGGAAGAGCUUUCAAAAGCGCAAAGAGCAUUGGCAGAAAAAUCUGAAGAAUAUGAACAAUUGAAAAAUACUAUGAAUAACAUGAAAACUGAUGAAUCUUUAAGACGAGAGAACGAAUCCCUGAAACAAGAAAAUGAAAUGUUAAAAAUGUUUUGGGCAAAACUUAUUCACGAUGGGACUGUAUUUAAUCAAAAGGACUAUGAUAAAUUGUCAACUAUGUGUGCGUUGAUUCAAGAUUUAUACAAUCAAAAUGACAAUGUUCUCGGUCAAUAUCAAAAGGCACAAAGCACGUCUACUAGUUCUACUAAUUCUGUUAAUUCUAGUUCUGCUAGUUUUACUAGUUCUAAUAGUCAUUCAUCAGUACCUGUUAUAUCAUCACGGAAUGAUGGCGAUAUUAAUGCCUGGAAACGAAAUGAUCAGCUCCUGCGUAGCAAACUUCAUCAGUCUCAAUUGGAGGUUUUACUUUUAGAAAAAUCUUUGCAGAUGAAAGAUGAAAAUGAAAAAAUGUAUCAACGCGCUGCCAAAUUAGUCCUUGAUCUCAAACUUGAGCCUCUGAAAAGUUGCAUGGAAUUGCAGAAUAAUGUUAGAGCGUUAAUUCCUCCAUCAUUGAUUACAGAAAAUUCUCGUUUGAACACUAAUCAUAACGCUAUUAGAAAAGACACCAUAAACGUCUCCACCUCAAAAGCUAGCAAUGAUACAAUAUUGAGCAAUAUUACAAAAAGCAAAAAUAUAAAUGUACAAACGAAUAACACUCUUUUUAAUACGGAUAACAACAAUUCUAAUAGUGUAAAAGGUAUGGAGACCGUAGAAUCUGUGACCAAUACUACCACUGACAAAGGUUCCAUAAAAACCAAGAAUAAUACAGAAGUGAAUGUUAUCACGUCAACAAAUGUCGUUAACCCUAAACUUAAAGAAACCGUGGCUACAACUCCCAAAACUUCCAAAACGUCAGUGACAAUUGACAAAAAUGGGACAUCAACAUUUGAUUCUGUUUCUAAAAAAAUCACGACUAAAACGAAUGUUGGGGUGCCAAAUUCUGUCAGUGCAGGACCUAAAGCGCUUGUAGUACCAAGCAAUUAUACUCAAGAAGAAGAAGUAUUUUGCAAUUGGGAUUUGUGUAAUAUGUCAUUUACAACAAAGCCAGAUUUGAAAAAGCAUGUAAUGUAUACUCAUUUUCGAGAUCAUGAGAAAGAGUUGAAACCAUUCAUAUUGACAUUAAAUC